AUGUCGCUCCGGUUUUAUCUGCUCAACAACACAAAAAGGACUGUGUCUCCCUUCAAAAUUUUAAGGGUAGCCAUUGAUUUCUUUAACAAUAUUAGUCAUCGACCUAAUAAAAUCAUGGCAGUUCUUAAAGAAAAUCAUAAAUUUAGAUCCUAUGAGCUAGAUGCAUUUGGGAGGAAUAUCAAGUUGCUAGGAAAACAGAGCGUGAGUACUAGCAUCUUGGGAGCAAAAUGGUUGGCAAGCAUCUUGGGAAAAUAUUUGUUAGGCAUUAAGACUAUGUGAUCAAGUUUAAUGGGUAUUCAAUCUCUCAUCGGUAAAACAAUUAUCAAAUUUGAGUUGUCCUGGUUAACCUAUUACUACAAAUUACAAAGUAUGCAUGUUGAGUAUUUAUUAGGUUAAUCUUUAUUGUGUGAAAUGGUAACUCUAUGGAUCUUGUGCAUGGUUAAUUAUAGCAUUGUACUUUAGUGUUUUUUUACUUCAAAGAAUUUUUGUAAUUUGACAGAGCUACCCAAUUAUCGCAAUGAAAAUUAUUGUAUUUUGGAUGGUGUUUCUAUAUUGGGUAAAAUUUUAAUAUACAAUGUUGUAAUAUAACGAAAUAAAAGUGGAAUGUUGUAAUAAAAAAG